AAAGCGCAGAGGAAGAAGUCGUGUAUACCCUCUCUCUCCUCCCUCAUUUCACUCUCCAUUCGCCAUCUUCACCUUUGCUUUCUCCGUUCAAACUUCAUCCCCUCAUUUCAAAUAUUAUCAUUAAAUUAAAUUCUUUUUUUUUUCAGUGUAAAAUAUUAUCUCCUCGCAGUUAUAUAUAUACAUACACGAAACUUGUAUCUAUACAGCUCACAUCUCGAACUCUAUGAUUAGUCUCUCUCUCAUCACUGAUUACGGCUAGGGUUUCAUCUUCACAUUUCUCUCUCUAUAUCUACAUCUGUAUCUAUAUAUAAUCAAUUGAUUUUUAUUUUUUAAUCGGAAAUUAGUGUUAUUGAGCUCAAUUACGCAUGAGAGUCUUGUAGAUUAGUAGAUCUGAAGGAGCAGCUGAGGUUUCUGAGUAUAUAAUAUGAGUAAUAGGACUAAUGAAAGCGAAGACAAGAUGGAGGCCAAUGAUUACAUGGAUUCACCAUCAACUGAGGAAGCAACCAGUGAAGGGAACAUGACUGGUGGUGGGCUUUUAAAGAAAGGCCCCUGGACAUCUGCAGAAGAUGCCAUUUUGGUUGAUUAUGUAGAGAAGCAUGGAGAGGGAAACUGGAACGCUGUCCAAAAGCACUCAGGACUCUUUCGCUGUGGAAAAAGCUGUCGUCUUCGCUGGGCAAAUCACCUUAGACCGGAUCUUAAGAAAGGUUCGUUUACGCCUGAUGAAGAGCGGCGCAUCAUAGAACUUCAUGCUAAGAUGGGAAACAAGUGGGCUCGAAUGGCUGCAGAGUUACCUGGACGUACUGACAAUGAGAUAAAAAAUUUCUGGAACACAAGAAUUAAAAGACGACAACGGGCUGGCUUGCCGAUUUACCCCCCUGACAUCUGUUCGCAGUCCUUCGAUGAGAAUUCCCCAAGUCUAAACAUGGGUAGAUUCUCAAGUGGUGAAACACCCAAUCCUGAAUUCUUACCAACCAAUAACUUGGAGAUUCCAUCUGUCGAGUUCAAAGGUUUGGGAGUAAACCAAGAGCUCUAUCCAUCUUUUGUUAAUAUUCCUGCAGGUAACUUUCUUUCAGCGGGUCUCAGUCCUUCCUGCAGUAAUAGCAUUCUGUACUCAAAAAUGCAUCCAGCUAAGCGUCUUCGAGAAUCAGAAUUGUCACUUCCUGGUUUUGGUGCUGUUCAUCCUGCACUCGAACAGUAUAAUGAUGAUUUUCAAACUGCCAGCAAGUCCUUCAGGACUUCAUAUGAUCAUGAUAUAUCAUCAUCCUCGUAUUUACCUUCGGGCAGCCAUGCCCUUAUAAAUGGCAACUCUUCUUCUUUACCCAUCUCUUGGGCAAUGAAGCUAGAGCUCCCUUCACUCCAAUAUUCACAUUCUCAAAUGGGAAGCUGGGCCUCACCCUCCCCACUGCCUUCCCUUGAGUCUGUUGAUACUCUAAUCCAAACUCCUCCAAGUGAGCAUGCAGAGUCAGGUCAUCACUCCCCGCAGAAUAAUGGCCUAUUGGAAUCUAUACUGUAUGAAUCACGAGCUCUGAAAAACACAAAGAAUAAUUCAUGUGGGCAGACUCCAAACACCGAUGCCCCUGCAAAUGGUGCUGACAGUUCAUCACAGCUCCAUGAUGCAUCACAGCUCCAUGAUGCAGACUGGGAUUCUUGUGGCGACCCAAACUCUCCUCUUGGUCAUUCUACUGCCUCGGUAUACCGCGAAUGUACUCCUGUCAGUGGAAACUCAUUGGAUGAACCUCAGUUGAUGAAGACUCUGCCAGUUAAGCAAGAAAAGCCCGACUGGGUUUCAAUGACAAACGGUAAUGAAACGGAUGGAAAUUCCCGUCACUUGAACAUUUCCAGGCCAGAUUUUCUUCUCGACUCAAAUUGGUUUGGCCUUAGUGCUGAUUAUGGCAAGGAUUAUUUCAUCUUAAGAGAUGCUAUCGGAGCACUUCUUGCUGAGGAUGUUGCCUGAGUUAUUCGCGAUGCACCUUUUUUUUAGGUCAAGGGCGAUGGUACUCAUAAAAAGGAGAUGCUUAUUAUCUUCUGCUUUCUUAUAAUUGAACUGAGAUUUCUGUCAAAUCCUUAGCACACCUUUUAUUACAUGGCUCACAGAAAGUUCCCCAUUUCUGAAAGGGUUGUUAUGAACAACAUUCCGGUAUUGUAACUUGACUGUGGAUGUAAUAUUUCUUGUACUUCUCCCGUACUUUGAUCUUUGUAAACAUUUGGCAGCUCUUUUAUGAUUUCUUGAACUUC